AUAUUUGCUCUAAGUUAGUACUUUUUCAGAAACUGUAGACCGGAGCAAUGGAGGAAGAGAAAGCGGCGGCGUACUACGACGAGCUCAAUCGCAAGGGCGAGGGCGCCCGCCGCUUCAAGCAGGGGCUUGGCUUCUCCUCCUCAUCCGCCACUGCCUUCCCUUCCAAGCCCACCGCCUCCUCCUUCCUAUCCGGUUUUGUUCGCGCGGGCGCAGCCCCUGGCCCCGCCAAACAGCCGUUACCGCAUUCCAGGACCCCAUCCAGUCCGCACCAUCGCUCAAGUUCACCGCCUCUUUCGCGUCCCAGGAUCCGCUCCAGGUCCAGGUCCAGGUCCCCGUCUCGCUCCAGCCGGCGCCAAUCGAGAUCGAGGUCCCGGUCGAGGGAGCGCAGGCGCCGCUCCAGGUCUAGGGAGAGGGACCGCAGGGCAUCCUGUAGACGCUCUAGGUCGCGGGGGUCGAGAUCGCCUUCUCGCCGGAGCGGCAGGAGCCUGCACUUGGAAGCCCGGCGGGAACGGCAUGGGGAUCAGCGGCGGCGGCACGACGACGGCCAUCAGAGCUCUAAGGGUCGCAGUGAUAGGGACGGGGGCAAAAUGGACUACUCGCGGCUCAUAAAAGGAUAUGAUAAAAUGACUCCAGCUGAGAGAGUUAAAGCAAAGAUGAAGUUUCAGCUUUCAGAGACAGCUGCAAAAGAUUCCACUCUUGGAACUGCAACUGUGGGGUGGGAAAGAUUUCAAUUUAAUAAGGAUGCUCCACUUGAUGAAGAUAAUGACGAUGUUGAAGUUGCUAAUGAUGAUGCUUCACUGGUGAAGAAUAUUGGAAAGAGCUUCCGGCUUUCUGCUGUGGAGUCAAAGCGCGAAGAUAAAAUCAGAGAUGCGCAUGAUGAGGCUAUAUUUGGUGUACCUACAACUUCAUUUGUUGAUGUUGAAAUUGGUGGGGACGAGCUUAAAACCAAUCAUGAAGACGGGAAAGUUGAAGACACAGAAUCUGAUGAACCUAGCAGCUCCCUCAUCAGCGAUAAAGUACUGGCCAUGCAAAAAGGUUCCUGGAGGGAUCGGGCUCAGAAGUUGCGGAAGAAUUUGAACACAUGAACUUUGUCCUUGCAACUGCUCAAGUUCGAAUUUGCCAGCGUGUGACAGAGAUCUGGCAUCUUGUGAAGAUUUGAGCCUGAAGUUGAACUUAGCCCCACCCAUCCCUUAGAAUAGUUGCAUAAUGUAAGUUGUAAGAUUUGCGCCUGCUUUCUGUUUCCUCGAGUCAGCGCGCAAGUGACACCUUGUAGUGAACUGAGUUUGGAAAUUCAUUUGGUUAUUGUGAUUUGGCAAAUGGCCUGAAUCUAUUCAUGUUUAAAAAGA